UUGAAGCCGAGAAAGAAACUGACUACCACAAGACAAGACACAAGUCUCUCGCCGGGAAGGAGGCUGUGGAUCGACUGUUACUCUCACUGCAGAAUCCCUCCUUUUCCGGCACCGAACUUCGCUGCAAACUCUGAGCUCGCUUCAUGGAACAGUACGAGAAAGUCGAGAAGAUAGGUGAGGGCACCUACGGUGUGGUCUACAAGGCUCGGGACCGCGUCACGAAUGAGACCAUAGCAUUGAAAAAAAUUCGAUUGGAGCAGGAAGAUGAGGGAGUGCCUAGCACUGCGAUUCGAGAGAUUUCGCUCUUGAAAGAAAUGCAGCAUCGGAAUAUUGUUAGGUUACAGGAUGUAGUACACAGUGAGAAGCGUUUGUACCUGGUUUUUGAGUACCUGGACCUGGAUCUGAAGAAGCACAUGGAUUCAUCUCCUGAUUUUGCAAAAGAUCAUCGACAAAUAAAAAUGUUUCUUUAUCAAAUUCUCUGUGGCAUUGCUUAUUGUCAUUCGCAUAGAGUUCUUCAUCGAGACUUGAAACCACAGAAUUUGUUGAUAGAUCGCCGCAGUAAUUCACUAAAGCUUGCAGAUUUUGGAUUGGCCAGGGCAUUUGGUAUUCCUGUCAGAACAUUUACACAUGAGGUGGUGACGCUAUGGUACAGAGCACCAGAAAUAUUGCUUGGAUCUCGCCAGUAUUCUACCCCAGUUGAUGUAUGGUCAGUGGGCUGUAUAUUUGCGGAGAUGUUGAACCAGCGGCCACUAUUUCCUGGAGACUCUGAGAUUGAUGAGUUGUUCAAGAUAUUCAGGAUCAUGGGUACGCCAAAUGAGGAUACGUGGCCUGGGGUGACCUCUUUGCCUGAUUUUAAAUCAGCCUUCCCAAAGUGGCCGCCAAAGGACCUGGCAACUGUGGUUCCUAAUCUUGAGCCAACUGGCAUCGAUCUUCUUUCUAGUAUGCUUUGCUUGGAUCCCAGCAGAAGAAUUACAGCCAGGAACGCUCUUGAGCAUGAGUACUUCAAAGACAUUAAGUUUGUGCCCUGAUCCCUUGUUCUUCUUGGCAAAUGAUGUCUAUAGAAACAUAAUAUGUAGAUUGUUUGGGUUUUGAUUGUGCUUUGCUUUCCCCAAUAUUAUUAUGAUUGAACUUAUUUAUAGUUCAUAUUGUUCUUAUAUUUAUUUUACAUUCAACUCUAUCAUCACAUUGCCUACCUCGUCUAGAUAUUACAUAUUGGUGGCAAAUUUGUAGUUUGCUUGAGUGUGAUAGGACUACCUGACCCCCUGGUACAUUUAAAUCUUACUUUAGGGCUUUCGUACCU